AUGGUGCAGCUGGGAGAACACAACGUUGCCAACUACGUGGUCCAGCACAUCAUCAAGCUCGUGCGCACCGAAGAAUUAGCAACAGAAGUGUUGGAGGAACUGAUAACUUCGUUCUGGACGUUGCUGACCAUGGGCAGGCCUGGCGUUAUUUGGCGUGUAGUGGAAUUGUGUGUGACGUUUAAGCUGCGUCAACAGGAGGUAUUUGAGGCACUUGUGAGCGCAAUAGUAAAACAAGAGAGCAAGAAGCCUGAAGCUGUUCGCAAGAACUUUGUAGCCUCUCUGCUGAACGUGCAGCUGUCAACAUCUGCGACGUCCGCCAAAGUUCAGCUGAAUGUUAUGGGUGCCAAGAUUAUUGAGCAGCUGCAUCAAUUUGAGGCUGGAGAGUAUUUGACUCCGUUGUACAAGAGCAUUCUUUCGUUCAAUAGCAUGCAGCUCAUGGCCUUGGCCAAGGACUCGACGGGUAGUCGCUGCGUCGUAGAACCUAUUUGGGAAUCCAAGGAACCUGGUACAGCAUGGGUGCGGCAAGAGCUGUAUGAGCGAUUUGUGGGCAAGUUUGGCAUGCUGGCAAUGGACCGUCUUGGUGCCUUUUCGGUCAUGAAGUGCUACGAGGAUCUGUCGCUGGACAAGAAAGAGGCAGUUGUGCGGGAACUUCUGGCAGUGGAGACACAGCUAAGUGGAAGCCACUUUUCGCAGCUUGUCAUGAACACUUGCCAUUUGUUCGAGUAUAAACAGAGCCACGAAAAGUGGGAGGCGCUUUAUACGAAGCAGCAGAAGAUAGCUGAGAUGUUCAAGGAUUUUGUAGAGGAGGACGAGAUACCCGAAACGAAGACAAGGCAGAAGAAAAGCAAGAAGUCUACGAAGCGCAAAGCUGUUGAACUGACUGGAAAGGAAGCUGAACAGCGCACGGAGGAGAUUGCUAAAAGUGCAGAUGUAGCUAUGAUUAUGGAUGCGCUGCGAAGCGGUGCCGCAGGCAAGAAUAAAAAGAUGAAAAAGAGCAAGAAGAGCAAGAAGCACCGAAGCGAGGACAGGUAG